UCAGCUGUCUUAGCUCUCUCUCUCUCUCCCUUCUCCCCUUGCCCUGUCGUUGGUCUCCGAGGUCGAUGCUCCCUAACAGCCCGUCGUUGCGGGUCGGGGGUUGCCCGUAGAGCUGGAGAGCUGGAGAGCUGUCGGCCUGCACUCACUCUGUACGGCUUUCGUCCCCCUCUCGCGAUGCUCCCAAGUUAGCCAUCAAGGAGUUGUCCCACUCUACAACGCCGGGACCGGGGACCGCAACCAGAACCCUCAUUAUCCCAGUCCAGGUCAGAGGUUGCAGGUAGGUCGCAGGUCGACUGCGCGCUUCUCGCGCUCCUCGUGCUCCUUGCUCCUUGACGCAUACCGCCCAUACCCGCCGCCCGCCCUCUAAUCAUGCCAUGAACCAAGAUGUUGGUUACACACCCUCUCCCCUCUUCCCCUCGCCGCAGCCACCAGUGCCGCGCGUGUGGCCACCUCCGCCUUUCUCCUCUCUCCUCUCCUCGCCUCUCCUCGCCUCUACCCUCCUCUCCCUUCUGCAUGUCCUGCCAAAGCCCCUCUAGCCCACUGCCGCUACCCUCUUCUCACCUGAUCGUCUGUGGUCUGGCCUACUCUUCCCCUUGCUCUUGUCUCCUCUUUGCUCCUCCUCGCCCGCCUCACUGGCUCUCUACCCUCACCUCCGCCAUCCUAUCCCCGUGUGCCCGCCGCCCGAGCAUGGCCCAUGGUCAGUCGCCUAUCUUGAUCAUCUCGGCCGCGCUUCCUUCUACCAGUCAACACAUCACUCAUCUGAACGCCCGCGCAGCCCUUUUCCCCCCGACUCCUCCUGCCUUACCUUCUUUCUUCGCACAUAACACAAUCUCUCGUUCUUUUCAUCUUUCUGAAGUCUUCUCCGCGACGGCGACGGUCGGUUACCAGCGCAGUGGUACGGUGACAAGAAUAUCACGG